UUGGUUGACCCUGGUGGACUGAUUGAAGCUCUCCGACUUUGCGAGAAAGAACAACAGGAUGCCCCCGAAUUUCAUAGUCUUUUUAUGCAUCUCCUAGAAGCACGCUUUGAACGUCAUGGAAAUCCUGUGAUCAACCGACUCCUUAAAGGUUCCUGCACUUAUGAGACCAGGUGA